AUGUCGAACCCCCGUGUUGAAGAAAUUGUCGACGACAAGCCCGAGCAGCAGGUCGAGGUUGAUGACUCCAGCUCCGACUCUGAGGGUGAGGAGGGUGGUAUCCCCGCCGGCUCGUCCGUCACCGUCCACUCGCGCAACGAGAAGAAGGCCCGCAAGGCCAUUGCCAAGCUCGGCUUGAAGAAGAUUGAGGGCAUCACUCGCGUCACUCUCCGCAGACCCAAGAACAUCCUCUUCGUCAUCAGCCAGCCCGACGUCUACAAGUCCCCCAACUCCAACACCUACAUCAUCUUCGGUGAGGCCAAGAUUGAGGACCUGAACUCGCAAGCCCAGGCCGCCGCUGCCCAGCAGCUCUCCCAGCAGGAGGGUGCCGCCGAGCACACCCACGACCACUCUGACAAGGGUAAGGCCCCCGAGGUCGAGGCCAAGAAGGAGGAGGAAGAGGAGGAUGACGGUGAGGAGGUCGACGAGACCGGCCUCGAGGCCAAGGACAUUGAGCUUGUCAUGGCCCAGGCUUCUGUCAGCAGAAAGAAGGCCGUCAAGGCCCUCAAGGAGAACGACAACGACAUUGUCAACUCCAUCAUGGCCCUGAGCAUAUAG